CAAUCGAACCUGCGAUCACUACAUGAAAACCCAUUCAGUUAACCACGAAGUUAUAGAAACUGCAAUAAGAUUAUUUGUCACUGCAAAUAACACAACUAUAAAAUCCCUAAGCCUCUUCUUCCCGCGCCUUUCUCCUUCGCCGUUUUCUGUUAGAAGAAAAUGGUUACAGAGCACGGCAUCAAAUUCGGCGUCCACCUGAUCACCAAGCACUUCGGCAAGAUCGUUGCUAAAGUAUGCGAAAAGCUAUUUAGCCAUGGACCUCUCACUUUGGAUCAGUUGGUUCGCUACACUGACUUUACUAAGGACCAAGUCAGAAACUCCCUACUUGUCUUAGUUCAACACAAUUGUGCCCAAGCAUUUGUUUCUGCUCCUCAAGAUGAUGAUGAUGAUGCAGACAGACUGAGAGUUAGAACUCAGUACCUGGUGUUGUUUGAUAACAUAAUCCAUCGGCUGAGGUUUCCCAAAUUCUUGGACAUUGUGUCGCGGAAGCUUGAUGAAGAAUGUGUGAAGCUGCUUGUCGGAUUGCUUCGUGAUGGUAGGCUUACCCUCAAACAAAUGGUUGACAGAGAAAGCCAAGGAAAAGAUAGCAGCAUCUACACUGGUAGAGAAAAGGAAAGCUUCAAAGUUUCUAAAAGAGUUAUGGAAGGAUAACUACUUGCAUAAGAAGACAGUACCUGUGACGGGAGGCAGGCCAUCAAAUAUUUGUAUGUGGAAAGUUAAUAAGCCUCUGCUUUGGAAAUAUGUACUGGACGAGAUGUACCAUGCUGCCUUAAAUUUGAGCCUAAGAAUGACUUAGAUAGAAAAGAAUGAAGAGGUUAUUAAUAUGUUUAUGAAUUGGCCUCCGCCAAAUAAGAAUAGAUUUACAAGAUUAGCUUAUAAUAUCUUAAGCAUGUGUUGGUUGUUGUGCAAACCUCAAUGUGGCAAGGGCGAGAAGGAAGGAUGUGAAUGUGGUUCCGCAUCCUCCAUGGGGUUUUAUAUUUAUAUUGAUUUGCCCUUAUCAUUGUAUUUUUGUUGGUCUUUAAUAUCUUGCAAUAUUGAAAAAUGUAGAAUUUCAAGUCAAAAGAUAAAGUACAUACAUAUUGGAAAUUGAAUUUUUAUCACUAAGGAUGACUUAAAUCUAAAGUGGAAGAUUGUAUUUUAUUAAAUGAACUUCAGUCCAAUGGAUGUAUUG